UUAAGAGAAAAGCAAAAGAAGGAAGGUUGAGUAGAGAUUAGGCAAAAAAAAAAAAAAAAAAAAAAAACUUCGAUCCUUAAAAUUCGAAACUUUGAUCUUAGGGUUUCGAUCGAAUUAAUCCAUCAAUCGACUCUUCCAGAGUCAUCUCCGUCUCCUCGUCGCCUGAUCGAUCUGAUCAUGAUUUUGAAUCCGUCAAGAUUUCGAUUUCACCUCUGCGUAUCGUGUAACACGCUUUAGGGUUUCUCGUUGUUGUGAUCGUGAAUAAUAAUCGUGUUUCUGUGUAUAUAUAUAUAAAAAAAGUGAGAUUUUUUUUUAGGGUUUGGGGAGGUUUUUAGAUUGUUUGUGUGUGUGUGUGUGUUUGAUCUGAAUAUGUAUAUCGAAGAAGUGAGUGAGAAAGGGGAGAGAUCGGUGGAGGAGGAGGUUAGUGAUGGAUUGGUGAGCAGUGGAGGAGAAGUGGUUGUGUUGACGACGACGACCAAAAUGGCACUCGUUGGUGUUGGUGCUCGUGCCUUGUUCUAUCCCACUUUGAUUUACAACGUUGUUCGGAACAAGGUUGAGGCUGAGUUUCAUUGGUGGGACAGAGUGGCUCAGUUUAUAUUACUGGGAGCUGUUCCGUUUCCAUCUGAUGUUCCACGGCUGAAGGAGCUUGGUGUUUGUGGAGUGAUCACUCUGAAUGAGCCGUAUGAGACUUUGGUUCCAUCAUCUCUCUACAAAUCUUACUGCAUUGACCACCUGGUGAUUGCCACGAGAGAUUAUUGUUAUGCACCUUCCAUGGAAGCGAUAUGUCAAGCUGUUGAUUUUAUCCAUAGAAAUGCUUCGCUUGGGAAGACGACUUAUGUUCACUGCAAGGCGGGUCGUGGCCGCAGCACAACUAUCGUCUUAUGCUACUUGGUGCAACACAAGCACAUGACACCUGAAGAAGCAUAUGCCUACGUUAGGUCAAUCAGGCCUAGGGUGAAACUAGCUUCUACCCAAUGGAAGGCGGUUCUUGAGUACUACAACGUCAGGGUGCUGAAUACUACCACCGAGAGUUCCUCUACUGAUGCGACUUCAGCUUUGAUCCCGAGAAGUACGAAGCAGGUUUGUUCUGGGAAUGUGGUUGUGUUUGAUGAUGGUUCGGUGGUGGUAGUGACCCACUCGGAUGUAGAGGGCUAUGAUGAUGAUGAUGACUCACGGAAGUCAAUGAGUGUUGCUGCUGGGAACGAGUUAUGGGCGGCAGCUGCAGAUCUGAGCAUGGUGUACCGGGUGAAAGUGGUGGGGCAAGCUGCGUUAGCGAGGAUCUCGUGCAUGUGGCUGGGCUUGCGCGAGGAUCAAAAGCUCUCUGGGAAAAAUCUUUCCGUGAGUGGUAUAAGCGUCGACAUUUCUGUCUACUGAUGAUGAUGAAAAAUGGUGCAGGGGUGAGUCUUGGCGAGCGUAGUGAAUGUUGCCCUUUUCACUCUUCUCCUCAGUAAAAAAGAAUAUAAAUAAAAAGGGGUCAAAUUAGAUUAUAGAAGACGAAGGUUUGUAAACUCUGCAAACACAAAAAGACUUGGUUUUGUGGUCUGGGUAAUGUAAUGAAUGAAAUACAUGAAUUAAUCUUAUUUUCAAGUA